GAAGCACACAGGUGACUCUUGGUUGCUGGGCUGGAUGAGAGAUUGGAGGAGUUUUUCAACUUUCAUCACAAGAUCUGCAGGUUCAUGCACAGGACGCAGAUGACAGUUGGCAUCACCCUAUGUGACUUCUAGGAAACAAAAGUCAAAAGCAUCCCUAUAGAAUAGCGCUGGCCACCAAUAAUGCCAGUUGCUAUUCGCAAGAGAAGUUGGGAGGAUCAUGUGACUCAUCCCUCAGGAUUACAGUAUAGCUAUGAUGAUCUGGAUCUGAUCUGUUGCCAUGGUGUUGACAGCGAGGGGCUUUGGAGGGGUUCAGGGGCUUCCAAGCAAGGUCGAUGGACAAGGUGUACCUCCAUGCCAGAGGGCUGCCACCAACUGUUCACAGAUGAGCUGACUCCGAGUCCAGAUGUGACCACCUCUGGAGUACAUGAGAUCCGAUCGGAGGAUGUGAAGCUGACAGACAAUGUUAAAGCUCCGCUUGAGAUGAAGUUCAUUUGCAGCCUCCACAAAUGUUUGGAUGGAGCUGUUCAAUUUAACUGCGUUUCCCAGAGUGACAAAAACGGCGCUAUGAUUUUCUGUGCAACGGACAAGAGUGCUCAGGAAGCUGUCGAUGGCAAAGACAAAGUUGGCACAGAGAAUGACGAUGAUGUCUUUAAAAACUCACAUAUCUGUCGUAAUGAGCAACAAUGCAUCUCUCUUUCUUCAAACAAUGGGCCUCCACUGUUGCAAUCUGCUGCUGGACAGCCUGGCAAGCCUCCAAUCUGUUCGCAAACAAAGGAGGGACAUCCAGAUAGUGACAGCAGACCUCCUGAAAUCUCAGAGGCCACACCAAAGUCGCGCUCUGCUACUCAACACGAACCUCGGAACGACCUCCCAGAUGUUGAGGAAGUGAUUUCCAUCCCUGGCCAUGCUGGCGCAAAGAUAACCUCGGAUGUCGGUGUGCACGGUUCACUCAAUAAAAUGGAUAGUCUGCUUGUGAUGUCAUUGGCCCAGAAAGCUGUGGAGCCGCUUGUGACCUCAACGGGAGAAGGAAAAUGUGACAAAGGAGCAAUUGAACCCUGGACCACAGAUUCAUCUGACGAACUGCUUGGAUUAAAUAACCCAGAGACUCUAAAUGAAAAAUCAGGACAUGAGCUCCUUUCCAGAGACAUUCAAGAAGGAAAGCAAGAUCCUGCUGGAGCAUGGGAUACGGCCCCUGGUUGUGAAAUGCCCGCUCAGACACUGUCGGAGCAGCGUGAUUCCGAAACGGGAGCAAUGAAAAUGUCUCAGGGGGAGGAAAGAAGUGAUCCAGAACGCUGUGAAAAAAUUGAUGUCAGUUUAGGACCUAUCACAUCAGCUGAUAUUUGUGCCAAAGUUCACUGUUGCUUGGCCAACAGUAAAGUGCCGUGUGAGCAAGAAGAAUCGCGCAAGUCGGAGGAAGACCAGACACAGAAAAUCAUUAUUCAAGAAGCCGAGCCCAUUUUGACGAUGACCACUGCAAGUCAGCCAAACAAAGACUUUGAUGAAAGUUCUCUAUCAUUGGAAACGAUCCCAGAGGCGAACCAGGUUGAAGCAGCGGGUAGCCGUGCACCUGCUCCAAAGAAUCUCACCGCAACUAUUCACUGCCAGAAAGAUGAUGAAAACGCAGCAAGAGAAAAACACCCCCAAAAGCUGCUUCCACUCUUAGCAGAGGUCAACAAUGUGAUCCCGCCGGAGGGACUCCAUGGCAACGAAGCCUCUGGUCGCCUCAAUGAGUCACCUGGCUCUGAGAUGGCAGAUGGUGAACGCCACACGCAAUCGGCCGACUCUAGGACGGAGCAAGCGGACAACGCCGCGCAGGAGGAUAUUCCCUGUGACACAUCUCCCGUCAAUCCGGCUUUUGAUGGAAUGCGUCAGUCCGGAAUUCAGAAGGAGGAGGAGGGAGUGAAAGUGCGCAUUAAGAAGCGAGACCAUGCUCGUCUGGACUCGAUGGUGCUGCUAAUGAUGAAGCUGGACCAGUUGGAUCAGGAAAUUGAAAAUGCCUUGAGCGCCAACUCUUCCAUAGGCAACACCCCCACCCUCCCUCGGAGACGACAACUGGACUUUGAUUUGGAGUCUCCAUAUUCUUAUGGUUAUGCUACACCAGCUAAAGGCACCCCAACAACCCUUGGAGCAAAGCCUAAGAGUGGGAGUUCUGCAGUUCCAGAGAGGACAAAAGCAGAGAUUGAAGCCAAAGAAGCCUGUACCUGGCUGCGAGCGGCAGGCUUCCCACAGUAUGCCCAACUUUAUGAAGAUGCCCAGUUUCCCAUUGACAUCUCUUCAGUCACCAGGGACCACGACUUCCUUGAUCGAGAUGCCAUUGAGGCUCUCUGCAGGAGACUCAAAACUCUCAACAAGUGUGCUCUAAUGAGACUGGAGAUAUCACCGCAAAGAAAAAGGAGUGAAGACUCCGAUGAGGAUGAGCCUUGUGCCAUCAGUGGCCGCUGGACCUUUCAGAGAGACAGCAAGCGCUGGUCCAGGAUGGAGGAACUGGAUGUUUUCUCCUCAUUGUGCACAGAUGGUGCGCAACCACCUUCAGUAAAGGACCAAGUAUCCAAAAGGACCAAGAUGGCCCUGUGCGAGGGAAACAGUUCCGAGAGUGUACUGACUGAUCUCAGUGAACAGCCUGAAGUGGGCUCCAUCCAUAGCAGUGGUAGCGGCGGAAGAACAGAGGAGAAGAGUUUGCCAAAUGAAGCCAUUCCCGUUGGAGCCACGCGCGCGAGCUCUGUUGCGAGCAUGUGUUCGUCAUCAGGCACGGGCGGGUCAGUGUGUGCUAAUGAGGACUCUCUGUCUGAUGGGCUACCACCAUCACCCUUGGAGCUCGGACAGUUCAACUUUGAUCUGAAAAUGGGAGAACUUGGAGGAAGUCUGGACCGUGGCGGCAGCAGUGGUAAAAGCACACGGUCACGAGCCAAAAGUUUCCUCAAGAGGAUGGAGAGUCUUCGUCUCCGCAGCGGCACCACCUCCAAGAGAAAGAAGAAAGGGAGCAUCAGUGGUGGGAAGAUAGAAAUCAGCGGUCCUGUUAUCAAAGAGGGUCUUGAUGAUGACAAGUUGCGGAAACUGAACUGUGUGGACAUCCCGAGUCUCAACCUGAACCAGAACCUCAAUCACCAUCCAACUCAGACUAUGACACUCAACAGGAAUCGUUCUGUAUCUUACUCGACUCAAACUAGCAACGGUAGCACUGGAAGUACUGGGAGCAGCCAAUCUGAAGCCAGCAGCGGCAGUGCAGUGAGCACACCAAGCCCGGUGACCCGCGCUCGUAGCCACAGCAUUGCAGCAGGCUCCGGUAAGAGAGGGGGGAUGUACUUGGAGGGAUUUGAUCCCUUCAGCAUUCCCCAGAAAGCAUCCGAUCGGCAGCCUACACCAACGCCCAAAUCGGCCCCGCCUAUCCCGUGCCAAGCAAAUGUUGAUAUGAGCAUUGACGAACAGAACCGAAGAAACAACCACAGAGCUCAGGAGAAUGGCAGCCAAGCAGAGGAAGGAGAUGAAGGCAGGAUCUUUUUCUAUUUACCAGAAGGUCACAAGCCAGGCACUUUCCCCAAAGCUUUGCAAGAUGGGAGUUCACCCAAUAACAACGGUAAUGAUAAUGGAAACGCUGUGAUCCUGAGGGGACGGCAAAGUAGACGCCUGCGUCGAGUCUCGUCCGGCUCAGUGGAUAGCCGCCUCAGUUUUUACGACAACGUCCCAUACUCAGAGCGAGAGGAGGCUCCGGAAGGGGACGUACAAAAACUGGAGGAAGUUCUCCAACAUGUGAGCGGCCUGCAGCGCUUUGUGAACGCCUGGUCCGAGGCUGUGGUGGCCGGUGAGGAGGACGAUGAGGAAGAAGAAGAGGAGGAAGGAGACUCGGACUCAGCGUUGGACUCUGCCUCGCCAUGCCCGUCCUCCCCACUGCAAAACCAUCUUGAAGAGGCUGAGAAUGGGAGUGACCAAGACAGCACAGGAAACCCGCUAGGGGAGGGCGAGGAAGGGAUGAGGGAGAGGAGGGACUCCGGGGUUGGGGCAUCACUAACAAGAACCAGCAGGCCACAAAAACUCCGCUGGGUGAGCUUCCAUAACUCCCAUCGGCCCAGUUUGGCCUCCGCUCAGCUGCAGAUUAGCUGCCAGUCUGUACUGCAGAUGAAUCUUCUUCAGAAGCUCUCGCUGCUACAGCUCACCGCCCUGCUUGAGAGGCACACCCCAACAAACAAACAUGGCUUCAGCUGGGCUGUUCCAAAGUUUAUGAAGCGAAUGAAGGUGCGAGACUACAAAGGAAGGAAUGUGUUCGGUGUUCCGCUGCUAGUCAUCGUCCAGCGCACUGGUCAGCCCCUCCCUCAAGGCAUCCAACAAGCAAUGCGCUAUUUGAGAAACCAGUGCUUAGACCAGGUUGGUCUUUUCAGAAAAUCAGGAGUGAAGUCACGUAUUCAGGCUCUUCGUCAGAUGAAUGAAGCCGGCGGGGCUGACGGGGCCAGCGUUACCUACGAGGGCCAGUCUGCCUAUGAUGUCGCCGACAUGCUCAAACAGUACUUCCGAGAUUUACCCGAGCCGCUGCUCACCAGCAAACUCUCCGAGACCUUUCUUCAGAUCUAUCAGUACAUGCCUAAAGAGCUUCGACUGCAGGCCGCCCGGGCCGCCGUGCUGCUGCUGCCCGACGAGAAUCGCGAGGCGCUGCGGACCCUGCUGUGCCUGCUGAGCGACGUGACGGCCAGCGUCGGGGAGAACCAGAUGACCCCCACUAACUUGGCUGUUUGCCUGGCUCCGUCUGUAUUCCAUCUCAACACCCUGAGGCGCAAGGAGAGCUCCUCACCAAGGGUGAUGAACAGGAAACAGUCUCUGGGAAAGCCAGACCAAAGAGACCUGAAUGAGAACUUGGCCGCGACCCACGGCCUGGCGCACAUGAUCAUGGAGUGCAGAAAACUCUUCAGGAUCCCCGAGGAGAUGAGUCGUUGUAGGAACUCUUAUGUCGAGCAGGCUCUUCUACCACGACGCUUGGAGGAGCUAUCGGGUAGCGACUCAGGUGGAUACCGGUCCUACCUGCGCGACGCUCUUGACGCUCUCCUCAAGGAGGCCAAAGACAAAUUUAAAGGUUACGACAGCUUCUCCACUCCGGAACAAGCGGAGCUGGCCUAUCGCAAGGUACACGACGGCUUUCCACUGAGGCUGUGGAAGGCAACCGUGGAGGUGCCUGCAUCUCCGGAGGAGGUUCUGACCCGGAUUGUGAGGGAGCAGGCGCGCUGGGAUGAGGACCUGUACGAGAGUCGCGUGGUAGAAAGCUUGGACGAGAAGACCGAGGUCUACCAGUAUGUACGGAAUACCAUGGCCCCACACCCCAUGAGGGACCAUCUGGUGCUCAGAACAUGGAUAACAGACUUGCCAAAGGGGGCGUGUGCACUGGUGUCCACAUCGGUAGAUCACAGCGCAGCGCCCGUGGUGGGCGUGCGCGCCAACGUUUUCCUCUCACGCUAUUUUAUCGAGCCCUGCGGAGCCAACAAGUCUCGGCUCACGCACAUUUCCAGAAUUGACUGCAGGGGUCGCUUCCCAGAGUGGUACAACAAACUGCACGGACACUUGUGUGCUGCCGAGGCGGCACGGAUUCGUGACUCCUUCGUGUUGCCCACAGACAAAUGAGACUCCCGGAGAGAGGAAGGCCAUCCUCCAUCUCAUUACAAACACAGGACAAACCUUGGCUCCUGGAUUUGAAGGACUUUGUUGUUGAUGUUUUUUUAAACCGUAUUAUUGAUGUUACCAUUUAAUAUGCCCUCUGGUCCUGCCAUUUAAGUAUUUAUGUGGGUGAAAGAACAUUGAUGAGAUGGGAUGUGUGACUUUAUCCAAAGAGUGAUAUUGCUUCUGAGAAGCAAAGGUGACUGACUGCAUGUGUAACGAGAGCAAACAAUACUUAAGGUCAACAUACUCCAGUGUACAUACACUAACUACUCUUUUCACACCUAAUAUUAAUGCUGUCUCUCUUGUCUUACAUUCAGCUUUUUUUUUUUUCUGUUACGUGGGAGGAAGCGCAUACAAUAUUUAUGAUGUCGUGAGGAUUGAUGAGUGCAUGGGUGAGAAAAGACGUGAAUGUGCUGGCUCGGUUUGAGAUGAUUUGUGGAUCGGAGAGGAUAGGAUAACAAAGUGGUGGCUGGCUCACCAAAAGCAGCAGGAAAGCACCAUGACACCUCCCUGAACGUUCCAUUAUGAGGAGUGGAUAGUGUUGAAGACCAAUUGACACAAGUGGACCAAAAAAAAAAAAAAAAAAAGGCACCCUUUAUCUUUCUAGACAUUUCCACAGAGUAAAUUUAACAGUAUGACGUAUGUCCGCAAACGUAUUUUGAGUCCUUAGAAUAUUGACUGUCACAGUGCAUGAAAACACAACACGUCCAACACAAAAAUGAAAACCGUAAGAGAAAAGGUCCUUUUAUAAAGGAGGAGAUUUUACAGGUUUUACUGUAAAGAUGCAUGUUAAUGCGCUUUUACAAAGAAAUAUGAAAGACAAGUUUCUCACUGUGUAGUUGUUCACUUGUUUUAACACAGCUUCCUGCAUACUUCACCUAAGCCAUCCAUAUCGUUCAUGUAACCGUCUCUAUCAAACAACACAUGACUAUGAUCGUUAAUUUAAAACAAAUAUAUUUAUACCUCAGAUAUAUGUUUGUUUUGUAUCCUUUCGUUGUAUUGUAUUGUAAAGGUUAAACUCUGUUACGGAAAUGGGGAAAAAAAUGCUUUAUCUUUUUUAUUAAUAUUAUUUCUGUACAGUUUAAUCAAAGUGCACUAUUAAAUGUAUUAAAAUAAA